AUGUUCUGCCGCCCCAUCUCGUUCCGCAGCUGCGGCCAGCCCGUACCGUGCUCUCGGGCGGCGCUGUCGACAUUCUUUCGCACAAUCGCACGGUUCCAGUGGGACUGCUGCUCCACGCGGUACCGCGUCUGCGUGCGCAUUAGGAAAUACAACCGCUUCAGGCCAACCUUCCGCUCGAGGCGCGCUCUGCCACGGAGCAUGCCGCGGAUGCGGUUCAGCUCCAGCGAGGCCCUGUAG